AAUUUAAAAAUGGUGCUGGAUUCGCCUCUCAAAACCAGUAUAGGGGAAAUCAAGAGGAUUUCUUCAUCAAUAAUAAGAAGACAGAGUCAGAGACGAGACUUGGAGUCUCAAUCCAUCUCGAAUUCAACAGAGAAAAAACACAGCCUUUGGUGGAAUGUGUUCCUCGACUUUCCCAUACUCGCAGCCGUUAUUAUAGUCAUCCUCCUUUACGAGUCUGCAGUAAUUCCCUCCCACAAAAGUGGUUUCUUCUGCAACGACCCGAACCUAAGCUACACAUUCAUCGGAGACACUGUCAAUGAUGUGGUGUUGGUGUCUACUAUUUUUCUGAUGCCUUUAACAGCCUUCCUCAUCACAGAGCUCAUCGUCCUCGAGUCUGACUACCUCCGGUCUCGGCCUCUAGAGGCCCUCAAGAGGACCGGUCUGCUGUACCGCAACUAUAUGUACGGCCUCGUCUUCAACCUCCUCGUUGUUGAGAUCAUGAAAGGCCUAAGUGGUAUGCCGAGGCCGGUGUUCUUUCAGAUAUGCCAGCCGGAUACUGCAGUUAAUUGUACCACGGGCGAGUACAUUUCUACUUUCGAGUGCACUUCGUCCUACUCCUGGUGGAAGCAGUAUGACUCAUACCACAGCUUCCCAUCGGGACACACGUCUUCGUCGGUCUACUGUGGACUUUUUAUCGCGUGGUACCUCCAACGCCGCGCGUUCUCCUGGUCAUCCCGGACAGUGCUCCUCGUCCCGUUGGCCCAGGUCUGCUGCUUCGGUUACGCAGCCACAUGCUCCCUGACUAGGAUCACCGAUCACAGACAUCACUGGUGGGAUGUCGCUGCUGGCUUGGUUGUUGGUGUGGUCACACUUCUGUUUGCGAUAUUUCCCGUCAGCGAUAACUUUGCACAAGUGAGAGUAGCGAGUGUUUCAAAGGCCCAGACCCAGCAUUCCAGCACAGACCUGCUUUAUGUGACCUCAAGAGGACCUAUAUCUUAA